AUGAAAGGCCAAAUUACCCUCCAGGCGCGCAGCCUUCCACAACGGCGAUGCUCGCACGUGAAAUGGGCAUCGUGCCCGUUCCGGAUGCCUAGGAUGCCCGUCACAUUCGUCGAUGAAAGGGAGGCCAGCACUGCGCAGCCUUUCUACCGAGAAGUGGCGGCGUUCCGAUUACGUAACUCGUUGACCUCUGGAGCUUCAGAAGCCCAGGCAUACCGGAUAAAACUUGAGUUCCACUCUCGACUCUGCGGCAAAAUCAUACAACACCUGGAGAAGCAAGUCCGAAUACCGGACGCUUGCCAAGGCGAUAACGCUCGGUGGAGCUGCAGUGGGCUAUAUUUUGUGCUGCUCCACAACUUCAACAACAUCCACCAGAAGGAUCUGGUGGUGAUUCUGGUGGCCAUCGUCAAAAUUUUGCGCGGCGGUCACCACGGGCAGUAUGCUCUGGGCGCGUUGCAGGAGUGCGCGCAGGCGUUUCUGACCUGCCUCUUCACUUGCAAUGACCGCGUGUUACAGCGCGUGCACAAGAUCGCAGAUGGCUCCGACCCGAUCAUGAAUAAAUGGCGUUCAUUCGCCGAACUGUUGCGCCAGCUAUCGGAACAAACUCAAGGGCAUGCUCUGGACGCACAGGAUGUGUCGAAGACAUCAGGCAUUGGGGAUACCGGCAUGUCGUGUUCUGACGACACAUCGUGCUACGAAAAGUAUAUCGGUGUGGAAGAAAUAAUUGAGGAGAAGCGCUCUCCGGCCCGAGACUCGGGGGCUUUUGCCUGCACGGGCUGCCUGGCGAGGGAUGCAUCCGAGACCCUCUUCGCCAAGAUCGUAGGGAAAUGCACCCUGCAGAAGGAUUUCGCGAGAGUGGCAUUCGUGCUCUAUUGGUUGUCGAAAGUAGGGUUCUCCAGCGAAAUAACGACACGUUUCUUCGAGAUGAAUUUGCGGAGAAUGCUGGCACUGCAGUCCGACAACCGUUCCGAGCCCUGCCCUCGUGACUUCAUAAGCGUUCUACGGUAUUCACUGCAUUUUGAUAUCGAUGGCUCAUUGCGCGAAGCGCUCUACGGCUACUUGGCAGCAAGCAACAAAAAAUCGCUCCUGCACCUGACACUGCAGGACACAAACAACCUCGUCGAUUGCCUCCUGGAAAAGGAACAGGCCGACCAGGGGCUUCUUGUCGCAGUGUUCGCGAACGUGCAGCUGUCCAUCAAAGCGAUGUCUUCACUGGGGGGUAAACAGCCGAUCGGGGUGGCGCACUCAUACCUAGCGGAAAGACGCAGACUCGUGGAGGACGCACGGGCACACUGGGACAACAUAUUUGUCGACUUCGAGCAACUCAAAGACUUGGUUAGCGCAUUCGUAGGACGGGACUCGCUGUGCAACUUCCUGCAAAAACACUGCUUGCCACCUUCAGAGCUACGAGUGAAGUCCGGUUUUGACGCAGAUGCGGUGAACCGCCACGCUGUCUUCGAUAUCGUCAGAAAGCUUCAGAAGCUCUGCCCUGCCAUGGAGGAGACUCAAGAAUAUUGCGUGAAACUCAUUGAGAGUGCGUUAAGGUCCUUAGAUAACUCACAACAUGCAAACCGUUGA